UUACUUGAGGAAUGUUAAAGGGCCCUAUGAUCCGAGAAAUGCUGAUAGAUGGUGUGGAUCCAGACUCAGCAACAAGAGCCGCCAUCAUGCCAGACUGGGCGCACUUAUUGUCUUUGUAGAAGACAUUGUCUUCCCCGUUAGAAAGCUGAAAGGCCUUGUACAUGGCCACAGGCACUGCACCACAUGAGUCAUGGAUCUGAUAACCAAGCUUGAUGCCAGGCAGCAGCUCUGUGCUGUUGUUUAUCUCCUCAAUGGCAAAGAUCAUUGCACGAGAGAAGCGCAGUUCACGAGCAUCAAUGCUGCAUAUGCACACACACAUACAGACAAAAAAGGUAUUUCCAAAGAGUUCAAUUAAAAAAAAUUGACAAGUCCAAAUCCUUCAGAUUUUUGGAGAUACCAUUAAAAAAUCUUAACAAAAGAAAAAAUGUAUAUUUAUCAUGAUAUAAGAACUUUUACUGACACCACAUAUGCAAUAAUUCAGAGAACACAAAAAACACAUUCAAACACAUUUUCUUGACUUACUAACCUCCCUGUGCACUUUGGUGGCUCAGGCACUGCAGUGUAAGGAUAAAUCUCUGUGUGCAUCUUAUAGUGAAUGGUGAACAUACCACCUAAAACAAAGUCACCAUCCUUUGAGAACACCGGUGAGCCUGCAGUGCCCAGCAGGUUACAUUUCACUGAUGAAGCAUUAGUACUAGCGGUAAUCCCAGAUCCAGAAAAGUCAGUCCUUUGCUGAAAGCCAGUUAGAAGCCUACCCAAUACACAAACUACAUUUAUCUCAAACAAAGCCACAGCCAAUAAGAAGAGCAUACAGAGUGCAGAGAUCUCCAUCACUCAGAUGUCUGGAUGAUGAUGGGUGCAAGUCUGCUCCAAAACGUUUAUAUACCUGUGUGGAUUUUUUUUUCAUAAUCCAUUGAUAGGUCACACCCCUCACAUAGCAGAAUGCUGACUUCAUCGUUUGGCAAAGCUGGUCACAGAUUUUUUUCUGUGGCCAGCUCCAAAGCUUAUUCAAAUUCAAAAACAUCUGAACAUAGUGGAUAUAUUACAGUUGUUCUUGGAGAUAGUAGUCUUCAGGUAAACUCAGACAACAAUGAUGGAACUUGGAGAUGUAGGAUACUCCCACUUGAGCCUGGGAGCUCCGCUGCCCAGGGUUCGUCAAAGCAAGCAAGCACUGCCAUCCAGGGGUCAGCAGACCUAGCAGGGUCGCGCACAGGCUGCCGGUGCUGGGGCAGUGGAGCCAGUGUAGGCAAAAACAGGUGGGAAUUAUGGACGAACCCACUCGGGACCCACAUUUUCUGCCUACUUUUAAACCAUGUGGGGCCCACUUGGCCUUGCUUGCAGGGCUUCAGCACACAUACGUGUAAACCCCCUUACGGGUUCAAGUGACUAAAUAAAAAAGAAAUGUCAUAUUUUUGGUUUAAAGUGUUGCACUUUGCCAUAGCUAUAGUUAGAAUAAAUGAUUCGGAAAAUAUCUCCUUUACUUUAGAGAUUUAGAUCAACAGCAUCUUUUUUUUACUUUUUUUACUAAUUAUAAGUUUUUGAUCACAAACUUACAUUAUCUCAAAUGCACUUUUUGCUCGGGAUGAUAUCUGCUGGAUUACAAAAGCAUUUAACCUUGUUUGCAAUGUGAUAGAACAAGGAAACCUUAGUUCUUCAAUAAAGUACAGUAACAUAAAUAGUGAACUUCCACAGUGUACCUUUCCCACUAAAUUCACAUAAUUGUCAGGAAUGCUUAAGUAGUUUGGCACGCUAUUUUGUAAUUUCUAUGCCAUUUGUGCAGCCGUGGUGCAGCAGUAGGGCGGUCGACCUUUGAUUGGAAGAGGAGGUUUGAUUCCUACAUUGCUUGCCCAUGUGUCGAAAUAUCCUUGGAUAAGAUACUUAACCCCAUUUUACCUCUGGUGAAAGGUUGCCACCAGUGUUCAGCAGUGGAGACACCAUUCGUGUGUGAAUGUGUGUGUGAAUGGGACUGUAAUAUGUAAUGGACCUUUGAGGAGGGUAUAAAAGUGCUGUAAAAGUAUACGCCAUUUACUAUUUGUUGAACAUAUAACUAAUCAAUGGGCUAAAUAAAGACGAUGACCAAUGGGAUAGUUGAGACACCAAGUAAGUGUGAUAUCCAUACAAAAAAAAAAAAAAAACAGUAGAGAUGGACAUGCCAAAGUGCAAAACCUCUGAAAAAGAUUUCAGAUUAGAGUGAAGAAACAUAUAAAAGCAAAAAAAUGUUCUUGUUUGAAUUAUUGCAUCAUUUCACAGCUCUGAAGAACACAAAGCACAUCUAAUACAGUCAUUGAACUGAGUGUAAAAACUGUACUAGAAAAAGAUCACAAAUAUCAAUGUGUUCAUCCUAUCGUUUUGAGAUCUGCAUCUACAUCAUUAACUUGGCCCUCCAUUUGCUCUCUGAUUGGAAAAGACUAGAAAAUAUUAAAUAUCUUCAUAACUAUAGGGUAUAUAGUCAUGGCCUUGGUCUGAAACUAAAAGGUUGUAACAAACCAAUGUUUUAUUAUUGUGUCCUCCUCAGUUUACAAUAACAGUUUACAGGAAAAAUCAUGAUCUUGAUAUCUUAGUCAAAACAAAACGACCAAAAAAAAAAAAAAGGGAACAUGUUAAUGACUUGUUUUCGUCAUGGACUGAAAAUUAUGCCCUCCUCCCAUCAUGAUGGUACUGUGUAUAUAGAGCCUUUUUGUCAAGACAAAGGGCAGUGGUGUAGGGAGGAGACGCAGACAUGGGGACAUUUCUCUUCCUGUCUAUCUGUACUUUCUUUGUCUGCCUUUCCUGCUGUUUCUCUUCAGGCUCAUCAAGUAUUGACUUGUCUUGUAAAUUGGGUAGACAGUUUCAUCUGAACGGUCUGCAUAUGUCUGGUGAUGUGAUUCUGGGUGGACUGUUUGAAGUUCACUUCACCUCAGUCUUCCCUGAGCUAACGUUUACCUCUGAGCCAACUAAGAUCACCUGUCAGGGGUUUGACCCUUUGGGGUUCAGGCAUGCCAUGACCAUGGCUUUUGCUAUCCAUGAGAUCAACGAAAAUCCCAACUUGCUACCCAAUUUGACUUUGGGUUACAGUCUUUAUGACAACUGUGCUACACUUGUGGUUGGAUUCAGUGCUGCUAUGUCACUUUUCAACGGUCAAGAUGAGGAAUUCUUACUUCAGGAAGACUGUUCAGGCAGACCACCAGUUCUCGGGAUAGUGGGUGACCCAUUCUCAACCUUUACUAUAGCCGCAUCUGAUGUAAUAAGUUUAUUCAGACUACCAAUGGUAAGUUACUAUGCAACAUGUUUGUGCCUCAGUGACCGCAAGAGAUUUCCAUCUUUCUUUAGAACAAUACCAAGCGAUGCUUUCCAGGUUCAUGCCAUGUUACAGAUUUUGAAGCGUUUUGGCUGGACAUGGGUAGGGCUGUUGUUCAGUGAUGAUGAUUAUGGACACCACGUAGCCCAGUCCUUCCAGUCUGAGUUGCAUCAUUCUAUUGGAGGUUGUUUGGCCUAUUUAGAGAUGCUGCCCUGGGGAGAAAAUCCAGUUGAGCUGAAAAGGAUUGUGGGAUUGAUGAAGAAAUCAACAGCUCGUGUUGUCAUUGUUUUUGCUCAUCAAAUACACAUGAUUCAUCUUUUGGAAGAGGUGGUGAAUCAGAAUGUGACAGGUCUGCAGUGGAUGGCCAGUGAAGCCUGGACAUCAGCAAAUGUAUUUGAAACACAUCGAUUCAUGCCAUACCUAGGAGGUACGUUGGGUAUCGCCAUCCGUCGAGGAGAAAUUCCUGGACUCAGAGACUUUCUCUUACAAAUACGUCCACAUGGCACAAUUGACAGUGAAAACAGCAUGGUUAAGCAGUUCUGGGAGCAUACAUUUCAGUGUCGAUUUGCACCACCUCCAGUAGAAUGGAUGGAAGCUGGUGGGGCCCUGUGCACUGGAGAAGAAGAUCUACAGACUGUAGAGACAGCGUUUCUGGAUGUCUCAAAUCUUAGACCUGAGUAUAAUAUUUACAAAGCUGUGUAUGCACUGGUGUAUGCUCUUGAUGAGAUGCUGCGGUGUGAGCCAGGAAGAGGACCUUUUAGUGAACACAGCUGUGCCUCUUUGCAACAAUUGGAGCCUUGGCAGCUUAUGUAUUACUUGGAAAAGGUCAACUUCACAACUUCUUUUGGUGACCAAGUGUCUUUUGACAAAAAUGGUGAUGCUUUACCAAUAUAUGAUGUCAUGAACUGGGUGUGGCUCCCUGAUGGAAAAAUAGAGGUUCAGAAUGUUGGGUUUUUUAAAAAGACAACCUUGAAUGGUGAAGAACUUGUAAUCGAUCAAGAUAAGAUCUUCUGGAACUUUAAUAAGCAGCUGCCACAGUCAGUGUGCAGUGAAAGCUGUCCUCCAGGUACCCGUAUAGUGAGAAGGAAGGGGCAACCUUUGUGCUGUUUUGAUUGUGUCCCAUGUUCUGAAGGAAAAAUCAGCAAUCAGACAGACUCUGUUGAGUGCCUCACUUGUCCAGAAGACUUCUGGUCCAGCAGACAAAAUGACCACUGUGUUCCUAAGAAAAUAGAGUUCCUCUCCUACCAUGAGCCUCUUGGUAUAUGCUUGACAGCUGCCUCAUUGCUGGGCACAUUCAUCUGCAGCAUUGUUUUUGCCAUCUUCACUUAUCACCGCAGCACACCUGUAGUGCGUGCCAACAAUUCUGAACUGAGCUUCCUCAUUUUGGUGUCGCUGAAGUUAUGUUUUCUGUGUUCCCUACUGUUCAUUGGACAACCCCAACUGUGGACAUGCCAGCUUAGACAUGCAGUGUUUGGGAUCAGCUUUGUGCUGUGUGUCUCAUGUAUCCUGGUUAAAACCAUGGUAGUUCUGGCUGUGUUCAAGUCGUCAAAGCCAGGAGGCGGAGCCAACCUCAAAUGGUUUGGUAGUGUUCAGCAGAGAGGAACGGUUUUGGGUCUCACUUGUGUUCAGGCAAUAGUUUGCACUGUUUGGAUCAUCUCUGCCUCACCAACACCUUAUGCAAACACUAGAUAUCACAACGACAAGAUCAUUUAUGAGUGUGUUGUUGGGUCCACAACUGGUUUUGCAGUCCUACUGGGCUACAUAAGCCUACUGGCUAUCAUAAGUUUUCUGCUUGCAUUUCUGGCUAGGAAUCUUCCAGACAACUUCAAUGAAGCCAAAUUCAUCACUUUUAGUAUGCUGAUAUUUUGUGCUGUGUGGGUGGCCUUUGUUCCUGCCUAUGUUAACUCUCCAGGAAAAUACGCUGAUGCAGUGGAGGUGUUUGCUAUUUUGGCCUCUAGUUUUGGCCUCCUGGUGGCGCUAUUUGGACCUAAAUGCUACAUUAUCCUAUUGAAGCCAGAAAAGAAUACAAGGAAAGCUAUAAUGGGCAGAGACAUAAAAAGGUAAAAUACAUAAUCAAUUACAUAUCUAGAAAAAUAAUUUACUCACGUUUUGGUUCAAAAAAGUAUCAUGAUGUAUAAUCCUGCUUUGGAAAGUAAAAUGGUCUUGUAGGUUAUGAUUAAUAAGAUGAUCAAUCUUCUUUUUUAAACUAUCAUUGUUUUAAUGAUCAUACAUUGAAAUUGUAAAUUUAUUUACCAACAAUUAUCUACUUUUUUCAUAUAUUUAAUGGAUUUUUCAAAAAAUGUUCUGGUCCAGGCAUUCAACACAAAGACCAGUGGAUGACCACAGAUAUGUAUCCUUACUCCUGUUUAGGAGAUUUUAUUGUACUUUAUGCUUGCUUUCUCCUCCUUCAGGCAGCUUUUGUCUUGUGUGUUAAUAUGUGAAAAAAAUGAAGAAUAUAUUAAAAUACCCCAACAUUAUAAGCUGUACAUAAAGACAGAAAUACCAUUAUUACAAUCUAUAAAGAAAUUUUCUGGAACUGUACCAUUUAAAAAGAAGGUUGUUCCAUGUUUCAAAUCUUAAGUCUGGUUGUGUUAGAAAAUUGUUGUCCAUUACGCUACUCAACACACCAAAGAAUUUGAAGAAUUGCCAUUUGAAGCAGGUCCCUGGCAAUUUUAUUUGUAACUGAUCACUUGCAUUGUUGCAUAACUGAAAUCUAAAAGAACUUUUUUUAUUUGCAAUAAGUAUGUCAUAAAACCUAUUUUGAUUAUUGUCAAAUCAGAUGACUUCACACCCUUCAGUCUUGUGGAGUGUGUGCUGGGAGAAAGAAGUAACACUUUGAAAUUAAACCAUGAAAAAAGAAAAGUCUGUCUAGUUUUCUGUUUUUGUUUCUUGCAUUGUAUCACAAGAGAAACUUCCCCUUGGAGUCAGCACGGGUCAGAACUUGCUGGCUGCCUGCCAAACCUAACAUGUCAGGUUGUUUUUUGUUUUGUUUUUUUUUGUCAUCUUCCUCCAGUCACCGAAAUAAAAGACUGCAAUGUCAUUUUAACCCUCUCAGUUUCUAAACUAUUCUUUAUGUCACAUAUUUUCUCCCUCUUCUCUGGAUCAGGGACUUCAAAAAAGUAUAUAUACUGUUUACAGGAAAACAAACAUAAUGAAGAACAUAAGAAAUCUCUGAAACUUAUAAGUCAUCUUUUAUACAAUUAAUA